AGGAGUUGCUUGGAAAAUAAACAUAAACCUUUUUAGUUAACCAAGAACUGUACCAACACUCAUUAUUUUGGCUCUAACAACUAUAAAAUUAUGCAUUGUUCUAUAAAGUAGUGAAUUAGUUGAGUGAUGAUGGCUCCUUCACCAGCCUCCACACCCAUUGAGGGUGGAGGGCUCAUGGUUGAAGGGAUACGAAGUGGUGCAUUGGUAACCCCUGGUGGCUCUGGGACUAUGGCUACCACAGGAAACCAGAUGGGAACCAUAUCUCUGGGCACUCUAAUACAAUAUAUUAACCAAAGAACCUACUCUGAUCUCCUGAACUUGGCUGAAAUCUUGCCACGUAAAAGCGAUAUGGAGAAGAAAAUUGACAUUGUCAAGUUUGCUCAACGAACUCGACAGUUGUAUGUCCGGCUAUUGGCUUUGGUCAAAUGGGCUGCAAGUGCAUCAAAAGUUGAUAAGUGCUGUCAUAUAAUGAAUUUCCUGGAGAAGCAGAACAGUCUGCUCACAGACACUGCAGACAAGCUCUUCCACAUGACUCGUGAGAACCUCAUGCAAGCUCGACUGCCUCACUUUUAUAUUCCUGCUGCUGUACAAACUCUUACAACAGGUACCUAUGAUCGUCUCCCAUUAAGCAUUCGACAGCGGAUUUUAUCAUCAGAGCCAAUGACGGCUCAAGAGAAGCGUAGCACUCUCACUCGACUUGAACAGAUCAUCAGACACAGGCUUGUAACGGCAACACUGCCUCAUCAGAUGAGGACAACUAAGGUGGAAAAUGGUCGUGUGGUGUUCACAGUGGACAGGGAGUUUGAAGCUCACCUCACAGUCAUGAGUGACAACAUGAGUGAUGCCUGGCGACUGCUGACACUGCACAUACUUGUAGAAGACCGCGAGACUGGCCAUGGCAAACAACUUGUACAUCCACUUCAAGUAAUAUACCUGCAGCAGCUGGUGCAGUCCAGGCUGGUAGACCAUCCACAUCCUCUACAAGAGCUUUACUCUGUCAUGCAUGCCUUCUGCCUCUCACUGCAGCUUGAAGUGCUAUAUGCCCAGACGCUCAAGCUGCUGGAGGAGCGUCUGGACAACCACAUCAGAGUAGAAGAAUACAGACAAGGCUGUUCUCUCAGCCUCACUUAUUGGAGAGAACUCAGCAGCACGCAAGGCAGCAGCACAGGAUCCCUCACCAGCAAAACCAGUUUGGGCUACCGCCUGACUGUUCAGAUUGACCCAUACGGGCCGGGCAGACCUCUCAACCUUGUACAUACUCCUGCCCUGCCACAGAAGGAAUGUGAGGUCGCCGAGCGCGCCAUCAGAACAGAGCAGCUGUCCAUGGAGCGUCUCCUGGUGCACACCAUUUACCUCCGCACCAAGACUCGGCUCUCCAACCUCAAGCAGACGCUCGACGAGAACCUCUCCCUCACAACCGACAAGUGUGUGGUGAGCGGGUCGCCAGCAAUGCUACAGGUACCGCUGCUGGUGCCGUGUCUGCCAUCAGAACAACUGCUCGUCACAGUGGACACCCACACGGGCUUCCUCACCCCUCACGUGCCUCAGUACCCCAACUGCUCCCUCAUCCCCGACAUCCAUGCUGCUCUCAAUGCCUUUGCUUCAUCCGGAGCCCCAACACACUCGUCCAAACUCACCGACCUCAUCUCCGAACUUAGGUACUGGCUGAUGUGUCGGCGCACGGAGAAGAGCCUGCAGCACCUGGCGGCGACGGUACAUGAGCGCCUGCCUCUCAUGUACGACUCGUCCCACCCCCUGCAUUCCCUCGCAAAGCACAAGGUCUUCGUCACCUUCCACCGGCAUCCCAACUACGUUCUGAUCGUGGCGGUAGAGGAACGCAGCGGCAGUAAAUGCGAAGUUGACCUGAGCUUAUACCUGCUGCUGGUGAAGGAGGCGAGCAUCGAGGACGACCCCAACGACCCUAGUGUACAGACCGCCCUCCCUCGCUCCUACAUGAGGGCUUACGGCCUCAUGCCCCUCGACACGUUCCUUUGCUCGCAUGGGCCGCACACUAAACUCGAUGUUACUGAGAGCAGCGUUGGUGCGGCGACGACCAUAGCCGGGAGCAGCAAGCGACGUCUGAGAGACGCUGGUCUGGGAGAGCCUCCUUGUAAGCGCGUUAAGGUGCCUGCGUAUUUCCUGCCUGACGUGGUGCAGUGUGUUGCGCUCUGUGAUCAGCUGUGUCCUCUUGCACAUAUCAACUCUCAGUUGGUGCGAGAAGGCGUGCGCAGCGGGGGAGUGCAGGUGGAGGACGGUGGAGUAGGGGUGGUGGUGAGGGUGGUAGGUCUUCCUCCUACACCAGGCCUGCCUCAGGACGUCCAGGAUGCCCUCUCUGCCAGCCUCCUGUGCCUGUCUGUACGCGUACAGGUGCCGCAGUUCAGGGGUGUCAAGUGCAUCGUUGCUGAGUACAUCUUCAGUAAUGUGCCCUUCGGUACAGUCAAGGAGAGCAGCUCGCUCAACAGACGCUGCGUGUUGUCAGUACACGAGCUGGGCAGUGCAGGCGUGUAUGCCAGCGGCUGCGUCGAGAAGCUUGUAGCGGAGUGGCACUCGAUCGCCAGACUCUACCUCCUCGUGCAUCGCUUUGCUCUCAAGUACUCCGCUGCCUCUGAGAGUGUGGGCGUCGCCAGUGGGUGUGGUCACAGCAGCGGGGGAGAUUUGCUGCUCUCAGAGAUGGUGCGCGUGCGCUCCUACAACUACAAGACCAUCAGCCUCUCAUACGGGCCUAACUUCGCUGCUUACUGCAUUGUCAAGUAUUCUUCUAGUGACGCCGCCUUCCACCUAGAGUUUGGUUGCGAGGGCGGCGUCCGUGGUGGUAGCAGCGGCAACACUAGUAGCACGGGCGGAAAUAGUGGCAGCACAAGUGGCAGUGGUGGCAGCGGCAGCAGCAGCGGCAGUGGCGUGUGGGCCAUCAACCCACACAGUCUGAUGAAGGCUCAACUGCAGGAGGAGGUUGAGGCGGCCAAAGAAGACGGCCUCAUCCGCCUCGCGUGUCUGCUGCACACAACCUACCAGCCCUGCCUCGCUCUCGCCAACCUCCAGCCCACGCUGCAUCCUGGCGUCCUGGAGAAGCGCUACCUUGGCUGCCCAGUGGAAGUGUUCAGCGUGGUGGCGCACUCAGGCAGCGUGGUGCGUGUGAUCUAUCGCAACCUCUACUGCCUCGCCAUCCAGAUGUUGCCGGGAGGGCUCGUCGCUGUCAGGGAUGGAGCUUUCUCUUCUUUUGACAAUUCCAGGAUCAUUGAUGAAUUCCACCCUAUUCAGGGUCUCAAGGCAUUCCUUAGCAAAUACGUGGACGAGAGCGCCCUCAGUCGGCGCCGCUCUCAGUCCGAGGACGACAACCCGCCCACGCCCGUCGCCCUGGACGACUCGCCCUGGCCCGUCCCUGCGAAGCCGUCCUCCCCCGCCAGACACGGCCCCAUCACCCCACCCGUCUCCUCAAACCCCCACACCCCUGCCAGCCCUCAUCCCGUUGCCAGCGGCUUCAAUGCCAGCCCGGCGAGUGGAGGAGCCUUCCCCCUGGCCUCACCCCCGUCCCUGCCCGGCAUGAAUCCUUCCCCCGCUGGAGGCCACAUGUCACACCCAUCACCUGGGGCGUUCCCUGCAGCCUCUCCGUCAGGCAGCCUGCAGCAGCAACACAGCGUCGCGUCCCCAGGGUUCCUGACGGUGCCCUCCCCAGCAGGAGGAAAUGUAUCAGGACUUGCGGCCAUGCAGUCGCCUGCCGCGUACAUGCAGGGCGGUAAUAGCGUGCAAAUGUCACGAGUGCUGCCGAACAAGACCUACGCUGCCGCCAUCCCCACGCUACUCUCACACCACGCCUUCCACAGCCUCUGCUCCCAGCCUCCUCCCCACCAGGUGGUGGGCGAGGAGAGCGGGGGGCCAGCUUGUGUUCUGGAACAGUUCCUUGGAUCAACGUAUCUGCGUCGUCAUCUCCAUCAGGCGUCGAAAAAUUACAAUGAAUCUCCGAGUACUGAGGGCGGCAGCGUGCAGUUCAAGACGGACAGUUUGUUGGUGUGCGCCUCGCUCGUCUCAAGCCCCAUCAACUGCCUCAACCUCAAGCUCCAGCCGACCCCUGAGUACUCCGACCGCUGGUCUCCAGAGGAACUUCAGGUCCUGGAGAAGUUCUUCAGCCUCAAAGUGGCCUGCGCGCCCUACAAGCCCAACGCCAUGACGGCCUUCCACCAAAUAUUGCGUUUUCCUCAGAAAAUCCUGAAGGAUUGUGUACGAAUUAUGCAGCUUGAACUGCUGGGCAGCGGUCAGACGGGUGCCAAGUGGCUGGUGCAGUGGUGUCUCACUGUUCCUCCUAUCGGGCCUCAGCUCGUACCGCCCGGGGCCGUGGGGGUCAUUUCGACACGCAACAAAAUCCUCUUCUUCCUUCAGUUGACUCGAGCUAGCACGAGCACCGAGAGCGACUCAACAGGAGGCGGGGUGAUCGUUCCAGUGGUGCACGACCUCAACACCAACAAGACUCAGAUGGCGCGUCGCUCUGAACAACCCGUGGCAUCGCCAUCCGACAUCAGCUCUCGCGUGUCGCAAGCCAUCAAUGAGCUCAUGAUGCGUCCGGUUCUGCCUCUGCAUGAGAGCUCCGUAUUCCCGGGUGUGCGCGAGCUUGUAAUGCACUUGAAUAUCGGUACAGAUGGUCUACCUUACCCACCUACUUCGCAAACACCGACGCAACCGCCCACGCUACCUUCUGCCAGCACUAGCUCCUCGGCACAGAUCGCCUCGCCUCAUAGCCUAGCGUCUCCACACAACAUGGCAUCUCCGCACACUCCAGUUGCUGCCAACGCAGGUCUCUACUCGCCUGCUUCGUCCGGACACUUGCAGUCGCCGGCCAUGAGUCAGACACCCAUAGCACCCAACUCCUCCAUGAUGCAGCAAGGCAGCAUGGUUCAGUCCAUCAGCAUGGGACAAAAUACUGUUAUGGGACCAGGCAAUACUAUGGGACCAGGCAAUACUAUGGGACCAGGCAACGCUAUGGGACCGGGCAACGCUAUGGGACCAGGCAAUACUAUGGGACCGGGCAACGCUAUGGGACAAGGAAAUACUAUGGGGCCAGGCAAUACUAUGGGACCGGGUAGUACUAUGGGACCAGGUAAUGCUAUGGUACCAGGCAAUACUAUGGGACCAGGUAAUACCAUGGGGCCGGGCAAUGCUAUGGGACCGGGUAAUACUAUGGGGCCAGGCAAUACUAUGGGCCCGGGCAAUGCAAUGGUACAAGGUGCCGGCAUGGGAACAACAUCCUCGAUGGGUCAACCUGGCUCCAUGGGCCAGCCUGGCCUCGUGACGCCCAACAUGGGCAUGCAGAGCCCUCGUGGUAUGCAGCCCGGCAUGCAAGGUAUGCCUGGUAUGCAAGGUAUGCAGCCUAAUAUGCCCGGCCCGCAGAGCAUGCAAGGGAAUUAUGGCUCAGGCAUGUAUCGGUAAACGAGAUUUAUUUCUCGUGCGCAAAUGUUCGAAAUUAGGUUCUUGUUCAUAGACCUUCCUUCAGCCACCUUACAGGGCGUUGACGGGAUCAUUCUAGUGGUUGUAAAAUGAGUAUUGAAUAUGCGCCUCUACUUGAUUACGCCUAGUAAUAUUUAUUGCAUUGUUCAUGCCUGCGAAUUAUUAAGAUAGGAAUUAGUUGGUCUGAAUUGGUCAACGAUGUCUAGACUUGAAUGACUCGUGUCUUGCUAUGUGUCUUACUACGUUCUUAUGAUGCUUUAUGAAUUCUAUUAUUUUAAAAAAUUCCCGACUAUUGUUAGCCUAGACUAGUUGAUUAUCUUCAUUCAUGUGUUAAUACAGUUGAAGAUGUUUGCUAUUUAUUAAUAGUAAAAAUUUAAAAUCAUAAACAAUGUUAAGCAAAUACACCUCAUUUUAGCUGAAAUACUUCGUUAUAAUAUUUUCGAAGCACAUUGUCCGUUUAUCAGGUCCUGGACCUUAUGGGACCUGGGUCUCAUUUCAGGUCCUGAGUCUAGAUCAGGUGUACAAUUAUAAUUUAACAGGCGUCUAGAUUAACGCUGUCGCACAGAAUUGACAGGUUUGUUUAAAUUUUAUGGAUGAAUUUUGAAUAAUAAUCUGGGCC